AUUAGGGUUAAACCAUAGGCUUCGAUUUCAUUCUUCAGUGUGAAUUUACACCAAAUGUGGAGUCUGCCAAUUUCCUCCCCGGCCCCAGGAUUACAGUACCAUCACAGUGAAAGAGUCAGCUGAGAGAAGAGGAGGAAGGAAUUUCCUUGCUUUCUUAUCCAGACCUCUGAGUAGGUGAGGCUAAGAGGGAGUGAAACACAACAGGUGCUGCUAAGUAAGGCAGCAGUAUGCUAAGGGAUCAGGUGAAGCUGCUGAGCUUUGUUUUAGUUCAGAUUUCCUUGUUUGUGGAAGGAACUAUAUGGAAAAAAAUCAAAGUACACUGCAUGAGUGUGAAAGUGUUUCUCCACAAAGUAAAGGGUUGUGCUGCCCCCCUUUUCAUUUCCUUGCCAUAUUGCAGAACAUGUGUAACACCCUUCAUAGUAUCAGCUGCAGACAACCUCUGUGAUCAGCACAGUAAAGAGUCUCUUUUAGCAUGUUAGCAUGGGGAUUGAAUCCUUCUAAUGCUUACUACUUCUCUUCCAGGUUAGCAUAGACAAAAGUGGCUAUGCCUCUUUCAGAGAAGCUACAUUUAUUCUUCUUUCCCUCCAUCUAGCCUACUUACACUGCAGAAGCAGUGCUAAACCAUUCUGUUACGUUGAGACAGCACAUUUUCCUCCUGCUUCCAGUGGGAUACAUGUAUUAAGUUCAGUGAGCAGCUCAAUAGCUCUGUUUAUAUGAUACUUGAAACCCUUCAGCCCAAAAACAAGAGUUAAAUUUCUAUGCCUUUCUUCCAAAGUCUCUUGCUGACUUCAGUCUUUAAGGCUUCUGUCUUCAACUCUAGAUUUGUUUAACGUGUUUUGUUUUUCUUGGUCCUUGAACCUGUGGUGACCUGGUGUUAUCCCUUUGGACUCACACUCCUAUUUACACCCUUUCCCUAAUCUCAUUGCCUUCCUUCCUUAUCACUACCUCAAAGACUCAUUCUUUCCCCCUUCCUUUGCUUUAGCUUCAGCCCAUUUUGCUACUUGGUCGUUCAUGGAACCCCUCAAAUCUCACUCCUCUGACUUUUGUUCCUAUUCAGAUGCUUCCUCCUGUAUUGGGAUUCCCUUCCUCUAACAAUGACCCUGCACGUCACUGGGAGCCCUUGUGCUCCCACAUUGCAGACUCAGAGCAUUUGCAGAAGGCAGUAGUCUGCACCUCCACCUCUCCAUCAUGUUUCAUUACAGUAUGCUGGCUAUUUCACUUCACUUUCUCUGUUCAAGUUAUCAUCUGAUUGAUUACAGUGUCCAUGCAGUCCCUUUCAUCUCCUUUAGUACAUGCUCCUGUACACUCCCUCCCCUCUUCUCACACACUCUUGUCGAAUUAUUUAUGGCAGAUGGAUUCACAGACUGUUAUGUCUAAUUAUAUCCAUUCACUUCUAAUGAAUGGGAAUUCUGCUAGGAGUUAAGACUGCCAAGAAUGUUUUGACCUAAGGAACAGGAGGUGGCUACUACGUAUGCAAAUCAGACCCUAUAAAAGUACCUUAGGGUCAGUGUGUCUUGUCCUUCUUCAGAAAUCUCUAAGGUAAGAGCGUCCGGGGCUUUCGACGGGGGAGGUGGGGGGUGAAGGGAAAGUGGCCCUGCAUUCCGCAAACACCAGUGCAUUCCUGCAAACGCUUAUAUUCAUUCCAUGGGAGACUGCCAGUGUCAGCUGGGAUUUUCAGUCUGCUUUCAAGGCAUCUGUACAUUUUCCAUUUAUAAAUUUUCUCUGAAAUUCUGUCCAGCAGUAAGAAGGAAAUUACUAACUGUGUUUUACUAUACUGACCAGCUUCCAGUCUGCGAGCCAUUCAUCUGGUCUCACAAAAGAUACUUACUGCAUUACUCCCAAUAAACAGCAACCAUGGCUACAGAUGCUGAUAUGGCCAUCUUUGGGGAGGCAGCUCCUUACCUCCGAAAGUCAGAAAAGGAGAGGAUCGAGGCCCAGAACAAGCCUUUUGAUGCCAAGUCAUCAGUCUUUGUGGUACAUGCUAAAGAAUCCUAUGUGAAAAGCACAAUCCAGAGCAAAGAAUCUGGGAAGGUCACUGUCAAGACAGAAGGUGGAGAAACUCUAACCGUGAAAGAAGAUCAAAUCUUCUCCAUGAACCCUCCCAAGUAUGAUAAAAUUGAGGACAUGGCCAUGAUGACCCACGUUCGCAUCAACCAACAGCUGGAUACCAAGCAGCCCAGGCAGUACUUCAUUGGUGUCCUGGACAUUGCUGGCUUUGAGAUCUUUGAUUUCAACAGCCUGGAGCAGCUGUGUAUCAACUUCACCAAUGAGAAACUGCAGCAGUUCUUCAACCACCACAUGUUCGUGCUGGAACAGGAAGAGUACAAGAAGGAAGGCAUUGACUGGGAGUUCAUUGACUUUGGGAUGGACCUGGCUGCCUGCAUUGAGCUCAUUGAAAAGCCCAUGGGCAUCUUCUCCAUCCUGGAAGAGGAGUGCAUGUUCCCCAAGGCAACCGACACCUCUUUCAAGAACAAGCUCUAUGACCAGCAUCUGGGCAAGUCCAACAACUUCCAGAAGCCUAAACCUGGCAAAGGCAAGGCUGAGGCCCACUUCUCCCUGGUGCACUACGCUGGCACAGUGGACUACAACAUCACUGGCUGGCUUGAGAAGAACAAGGACCCCCUGAACGAAACUGUUGUGGGGCUAUACCAGAAAUCAUCCCUGAAGACACUGGCCUUACUGUUUGCCUCUGUUGGUGGGGCAGAAGCAGAGAGUGGUGGCGGUGGAAAGAAAGGUGGCAAGAAGAAGGGGUCUUCUUUCCAGACUGUCUCAGCUCUUUUCCGGGAAAAUUUAAACAAACUGAUGAGCAAUCUGCGAAGCACACACCCCCAUUUUGUGCGAUGCCUCAUUCCCAACGAAACAAAAACACCCGGUGCCAUGGAGCAUGAACUGGUGCUGCACCAGCUGCGCUGUAAUGGCGUGCUGGAAGGGAUCCGGAUUUGCAGGAAAGGAUUCCCCAGCAGAAUACUUUAUGCAGACUUUAAACAGAGAUACAAGGUGCUUAAUGCCAGUGCCAUCCCUGAGGGACAGUUCAUUGAUAGUAAGAAAGCUUCUGAGAAGCUCCUUGGGUCAAUCGAUGUGGACCACACCCAGUACAAAUUUGGUCACACCAAGGUGUUCUUCAAAGCUGGUCUGCUGGGACUCCUGGAAGAGAUGAGGGACGAGAAGCUGGCACAGCUCAUCACGCGCACACAGGCCAGGUGCAGAGGCUUCCUAAUGAGAGUGGAGUUCAAGAAAAUGAUGGAAAGAAGGGAAUCUAUCUUCUGCAUCCAGUACAAUGUUCGUGCAUUUAUGAAUGUCAAGCACUGGCCUUGGAUGAAGCUGUUCUUCAAAAUCAAACCCUUGCUGAAGAGCGCAGAAUCUGAGAAAGAAAUGGCCAACAUGAAGGAAGAGUUUGAAAAAACCAAAGAAGAACUUGCAAAGUCUGAGGCAAAGAGAAAGGAGCUGGAGGAGAAAAUGGUUUCCCUGCUGCAGGAGAAAAAUGAUCUGCAGCUCCAAGUGCAGGCUGAAGCAGAUGGUUUGGCUGAUGCUGAGGAAAGAUGUGACCAGCUCAUCAAAACCAAAAUCCAGCUGGAGGCCAAAAUUAAGGAGCUUGCAGAGAGAGCAGAAGAUGAGGAAGAGAUGAAUGCUGAGCUGACAGCCAAGAAGAGGAAGCUGGAGGAUGAAUGCUCAGAACUGAAAAAAGACAUAGAUGACCUGGAGUUAACAUUGGCCAAAGUUGAGAAGGAAAAGCAUGCCACUGAAAACAAGGUGAAAAACCUCACAGAGGAGAUGGCAGCCCUGGACGAGAACAUUGCCAAGCUGACAAAAGAGAAGAAAGCCCUCCAAGAGGCCCACCAGCAGACACUGGAUGACCUGCAGGCUGAAGAGGACAAAGUCAAUACGCUGACCAAAGCUAAAACCAAGCUGGAGCAGCAAGUGGACGAUCUGGAAGGGUCCCUGGAGCAAGAGAAGAAACUGCGCAUGGACCUCGAGAGAGCUAAGAGGAAACUCGAGGGAGACCUGAAAAUGACCCAGGAAUCCACAAUGGACUUGGAAAAUGAUAAACAGCAGCUGGAUGAGAAACUGAAGAAGAAAGACUUUGAAAUCAGCCAGAUCCAGAGCAAAAUUGAGGAUGAGCAAGCCCUGGGCAUGCAGUUACAGAAGAAGAUCAAGGAGCUGCAGGCCCGUACUGAGGAACUGGAGGAGGAAAUUGAGGCAGAGCGAACCUCUCGGGCAAAAGCAGAGAAGCACCGGGCUGACCUCUCCAGGGAGCUGGAGGAGAUCAGUGAGCGCCUGGAAGAAGCAGGAGGGGCUACGGCAGCUCAGAUCGAUAUGAACAAGAAGCGGGAGGCAGAAUUUCAGAAGAUGCGCCGUGACCUCGAAGAGGCCACGCUGCAGCACGAAGCCACGGCUGCUGCCCUGCGGAAGAAGCAUGCGGACAGCACAGCGGAGCUUGGGGAGCAGAUCGACAACCUGCAACGAGUCAAGCAGAAGCUGGAGAAGGAGAAGAGUGAGCUGAAGAUGGAGAUUGAUGACUUGGCCAGCAACAUGGAGUCUGUCUCCAAAGCCAAGGCAAAUUUAGAGAAGAUGUGUCGUUCCCUAGAAGAUCAACUCAGUGAGAUAAAGACAAAGGAAGAGGAGCAACAGCGCACAAUUAAUGACAUCAGUACACAGAAAGCUCGGCUACAAACAGAGUCUGCUGAAUAUUCACGCCAGGUGGAGGAGAAAGAUGCUCUGAUUUCUCAGCUGUCACGAGGCAAACAGGCAUUCACCCAACAGAUUGAGGAGCUCAAGAGGCACUUAGAGGAGGAGAUAAAGGUGCGGGAGCUGGAAGGAGAGGUUGAUGCUGAGCAGAAGCGCAGCGCUGAAGCCGUGAAGGGUGUGCGCAAGUACGAGAGGAGGGUGAAGGAGCUGACCUACCAGUCUGAAGAAGAUCGGAAGAAUGUUCUCAGGCUCCAGGACCUGGUGGACAAACUGCAAAUGAAAGUGAAAUCCUACAAGAGGCAAGCUGAGGAGGCUGAGGAGCUGUCCAAUGUCAACCUUUCCAAAUUCCGCAAGAUCCAGCAUGAGCUGGAGGAAGCCGAGGAGCGGGCUGACAUUGCAGAGUCACAGGUCAACAAGCUCCGUGCAAAGAGCCGUGAAAUAGGCAAGAAGGCAGAAAGUGAAGAGUAGAUGCCUCCAGUGGUGCAAAGUGAAAGAGAAUUGCACAAAAUGUGAAAUUCUAUCACUUUGAUUUGUAAUUACUGUUUAGUUCUUAAUCUCUAAUUAAUUAAUACUUAGAUAAUAAAAAUUGUAGAGA